GCGGUGACGUUGGGGCGGCCGGAAGCCGGCGGGCGGGGCCAGACCGGGCGCGGAGCGGCGGCAGCCGAGGGCGGCGGGGGGCGAUGGCAGCGCCGGGCGGUCUCAGCCCGCGGCGGUGCGGGCGCUGCUAGCCACGGAGGGAUCACUCCUUUGGUGCUGCCUGACCUGUGAGUCCUUUAAAUGUGCUCCAGCAGUGGUCACACAGAACUGAAGAACUUAAAUAGAGAAGGGAAGAUGAUGUCCUUGGACGGACCGCAGAAGACAAUCAGUAACCCGAUCAUUCCUUAUGUUGGGACCAUACUUGGCGGCCUUGUUCCUGGACAGCUGAUUGUGAUACAUGGGGCUGUUCCUGAAGAUGCAGACAGGUUCCAGGUGGAUUUACAGUGUGGCAGCAGUAUAAAGCCUCGAGCUGAUGUGGCGUUUCAUUUCAACCCCCGCUUCAGAAGGUCUGGCUGCAUUGUCUGCAACACACUGGAGAAGGAAAAAUGGGGCUGGGAGGAGAUCACUUAUGAGAUGCCCUUUCAAAAAGGGAAGUCAUUUGAGAUUAUAAUCAUGAUUUUAAAGGAUAAAUUCCAGGUGACUGUAAACAAGAAGCACUUGCUGCUCUACAACCACAGAAUUAGCCUUGAAAGAAUAGAUACACUUGGAAUAUAUGGCAAAGUGCAGAUCAAAAGCAUAGACUUUGUUUCUAAUUCUUUACAAGGCUCUCAGCCAUCAUCUCUAGGAGUAACAAAGAUAAACACAGAAAAUGGGGAAAUGCCAGAUGGUUCACAAUUUGGAGUUCCUUAUGUUGGGAAACUUGAUACUGCACUUCGUCCAGGAUGCACAGUUGCCAUUAAAGGAGAAGUGAAUAAAAACCCAAGGAUGUUUGCGAUAAAUCUGAAACCAAGUGACUCAGAGGACAUUGCGUUACAUCUGAACCCCCGAGUGAAAAAUAAAAUAUUUGUAAGAAACUCAUACCUUAAUGACAGCUGGGGAGAAGAAGAAAAGGAAGUUGCUAAUUUCCCUUUCAGUCCAGGCAUGUAUUUUGAGCUGAUUAUUUUCUGCGAUGCCCACCAGUUCAAAGUUGCAGUUAAUGGUGUUCACACUCUGGAGUACAAGCAUCGCUUUAAACAACUGGAAAAAAUUAAUGUAGUGGAAGUCACGGGAGAUGUCAAGUUGUUAGAUGUGAGGAGCUGGUAGUUCUUUUCAAUCAGUACUAAAAGGAUUAAACCUCUUUUAACGCCAGUGCCUCCUUGUCAAGUACAAACAGGUGCUGACUUGUGCUGAGCCUGCCUUUAUCAAUCUAGGCUUCUGCGUCUGCCCCUCUGAGUUAGGCGUGUACCAGAACAGCUGUGAGAUUAAAUCCUCCUCUAGUUUACAAUAUCCUGGCAAGCUAAAUAAGUUGUCUGCGCAGAUAAACCUGUAUUAAUGCACCUAGCAAUAUGAAAACACUGCAUCAUACUGUGUCUAACAGUUGCACUCAGUAUAAGUUAAACUACUCCUCAGUGUUCCUUGAUAGCGUACAUUCAAUAUUAUGAAGCAGAAUUAAGACUAAAAUAGGAUCUGAAGAUAUGGUUCUCCAUCCUAAAAGGGACAUCAAUAAUUCAUUUAAAAUAGAGUUAUGAAAUAUACUCUUCUGCUUCUUAGUUUAUAUUUAUUUGCACCUGUAACCUUUUUGCUAAGGCUGGAUUAAGCAAACAGUUGAGCCAUCAGUUCUAGCAAAAGGCAAGAAGGAAUUAGAUCUUACUUCUUAGCCUGCUGCUGCACUAGUACCUUCUCUGACACUCGUGGUUAUGUCACUGCUUAAGUAGCUUAAAUCAAACCUGCAGCAGCAUUUCUAGGCUUUUAGUUUUCCAGAGUGAAACAAAUGAAAAUGAUGUAGCUGCUUCUAAUUGCGUGAACUUUUGAAAGGUUGAUUUGAAAUGGCACUCAAAUGAGUUCAGAUUGCUCAGGGACUGAAGUAGAUGUUUGUGGUUUUCAUUUUUUAAAUAUGUGUGAACCCAGGUACUCCAGGCAGGGUUUCAGCAGAGAAGAGACUUGGAUACUCAUCAGUGAAAGAGAGAAUGAGUCCUUUUCCAGUCUUGGGUUAAAAUGCUAUUAUCUGAAACAAGCUGUUCCUAUUCAAUCAGUUUUCCAUAAAGUGUCAGUCUUAAUUUUUAUACUCCUUUUAAAAAUAAGUUGCUACUGGCUGUCAAUACAUGCCUGAGGGAUGUUCCUAUCUUAAGAGCUGCUAAGAGUGAAGCAAUUUCAAGAAUAAGAUGUACCCUAAAAGACUGUUUAAGAUAAAUUACCCAAUCUAAUGUAUAAAAAGCAUAAAUAAAAACAUUUGUGAACUCUG